AAGUGUACGCUUCCGGUUUGCUAUGUCGGACUCAGAAAGCGAUGAGGAACGUCCGUUUUCUCUUACCGGAUUUUUAUUUGGGAAUAUUAAUGAAGAUGGGCAGCUGGAGGAUGAUUCCGUGCUUGAUAAAGAAUCAAAGAAACACCUGGCAGGUCUGGGAGCGCUGGGCCUUGGGAACUUAAUCACAGAAAUCACAUCCAGUGUGGACGAGGGCGCAGGGACAGAAGGAGUCAACGUGGAUGAGGAUGGUUGGGUUAAAAGCACAGAUGAUGCCAUUGAUUACUCUGAUAUCAACGAAGUGGCCGAGGAUGAGUCCCGUAGAUACAGGCAGGCAAUGGGGACACUUCACCUUACACGGAGAGCAGAUGAUGAUGAUGAUGAUGACUAUGAUGCAGACUGUGAGGAUAUUGAUUCCAAGCUGAUGCCUCCGCCACCACCGCCUCCGGUGGCCGGCAGAAAGGAAGAGGAACGGGGAUCAGCGUCUUCAGCUCCUGAAGAGGGAGAUGGGAUUAUUCUUCCCUCCAUCAUUGCUCCUUCAUCUGCAGCGGACCGGGCAGACUUCAGCAGUUCUUCAGAUUCUGAAUCUGAGACUGGGCCUCAGGAUAAAGGACAGGAAGAGGGCAAGGAGCGUAUACUGACUUUGCCUCUAGCGGGCAUUAUGCAGAGAGAUGCCACCAAAUCACUUCCAAGUGUUACUGAUCUUUUUCCAGAGUUCAGACCUGGCAAGGUUCUACGUUUCCUUCGUCUUUUUGGACCUGGGAAAAAUGUGCUCUCAGUGUGGCGCAGUGCUCGUAGAAAGAGAAGAAAAAAGCACAGAGAAAUGUCGCAGGAAGCACCGGCAAAGGAGGGGGAGGAAGCAGAAGUGGCUAUGGAGAAGAAGUCUUGUUGGGAAUAUGAAUAUGCCCCUCCACCAGCGGCUGAGCAGUGCCUCUCUGAUGAUGAGAUAACCAUGAUGGCACCUGUAGAAUCAAAGUUCUCCCAGUCUUCUGGGGACACUGAUAAGGUGGCAGAUACAAAACCAAAGGUUGCAGAGUGGCGAUAUGGGCCUGCACAGUUGUGGUAUGAUAUGCUUGGGGUAUCUGAAGAUGGCAGUGGAUUUGAUUAUGGUUUUAAGCUAAAAGAAAACAAUGAAGAUGAAGAGCAGGAGAAAGAGGAACAUCCAGAAGAAGCCACAGAUAACCAGGAUAACCAGUUUCAGGAUGAGCACUUCCUUAUGGUGACUCAGUUACAGUGGGAAGAAGAUGUGAUCUGGAAUGGGGAGGACGUGAAGCACAAAGUAACCAAGACACAGAAAGCUAGUUUGGCAGGCUGGCUUCCCUCUAGUAUGACCAGAAAUGCUAUGGCCUAUAAUGCCCAGCAAGGGUUGAAUCGAAGUGGAUCAUUGUUAAAUUUACCAACACCUCUUGUGCAAAAGCCAAGCAUUCCUGGGGCACUGAUCUCCUCCAAAGGGAAAGAAAAACACCCCCCUGAACAGCAAGCAUCUGAAGAACAUGACCGCCCAUGGUUUUCCAUCUUCCCGAUUGAUAAUGAAGAACUGGUUUACGGUCGGUGGGAGGAUAAUAUCAUCUGGGAUGAUCAAGCAAUGGAAAGAAUACUCAUUCCUCCAGUAUUAACUUUGGAUCCUAAUGAUGAAAACAUCAUUUUGGAAAUUCCUGAUGAGAAAGAAGAGACCACAUCAAAUUCUCCAUCGAAGGAAAGCAAAAAGGAAUCCUCUUUAAAGAAAAGUCGGAUAUUAUUAGGAAAAACUGGGGUCAUCAAGGAAGAGCCUCAACAGAAUAUGUCUCAGCCUGAAGUGAAAGAUCCGUGGAAUUUAUCCAAUGAUGAGUUUUACUACCCCAAACAACAGGGACUGAGAGGAACAUUUGGGGGAAACAUCAUUCAGCACUCCAUCCCUGCCGUGGAGCUCAGGCAGCCAUUUUUUCCAACUCACAUGGGUCCAAUGAAGCUCAGACAGUUCCAUCGACCACCUUUGAAAAAGUAUUCAUUUGGUGCCUUGUCCCAACCAGGAGCUCAUUCUGCACAACUGCUGUUAAAACACAUUAAAAAGAAGGCAAAGAUGCGAGAGCAAGAACGGCAGGCGUCAGGAGGGGGAGAGAUGUUCUUUAUGCGCACAUCACAGGAUCUAACUGGCAAAGAUGGGGAUCUCAUUCUGGCUGAAUACAGUGAAGAGAACCCACCACUAAUGAUGCAGGUUGGCAUGGCAACUAAAAUAAAGAACUACUACAAACGGAAACCUGGUAAAGACCCAGGAGCACCAGACUGUAAAUAUGGGGAAACGGUGUACUGUCACACCUCCCCUUUCCUCGGCUCCCUGCACCCUGGCCAGUUAUUACAGGCAUUUGAAAACAAUCUGUUUAGGUCUCCAAUCUACUUACAUAAGAUGCCUGAAACUGACUUCCUUAUAAUCCGCACAAGGCAGGGCUAUUACAUUCGGGACUUGGUAGAUAUUUUUGUGGUUGGACAGCAGUGUCCCCUGUUUGAAGUGCCUGGUCCGAACUCUAAACGUGCAAACACACACAUACGUGACUUCCUGCAGGUUUUUAUAUACCGCCUCUUUUGGAAGAGCAAGGAUAGGCCCCGCCGGAUUCGCAUGGAAGAUAUCAAGAAAGCCUUUCCCUCCCAUUCUGAGAGCAGCAUCAGAAAGAGAUUGAAGCUCUGUGCUGAUUUUAAGAGAACAGGAAUGGACUCUAACUGGUGGGUGUUGAAGCCAGAUUUCCGACUACCUACUGAAGAGGAGAUACGGGCCAUGGUGUCUCCUGAGCAGUGCUGUGCUUAUUACAGCAUGAUUGCUGCUGAGCAGCGGCUCAAGGAUGCAGGAUAUGGAGAGAAAUCUUUCUUUGCUCCUGAGGAAGAGAAUGAGGAAGAUUUUCAAAUGAAGAUAGAUGAUGAGGUACGCACAGCCCCUUGGAACACCACAAGGGCUUUUAUUGCUGCCAUGAAAGGGAAAUGCCUCCUUGAAGUAACAGGAGUGGCAGAUCCCACUGGCUGUGGUGAAGGCUUCUCAUAUGUCAAGAUUCCUAAUAAACCAACACAACAGAAGCAAGAUGACAAAGAACCUCAACCGGUGAAAAAAACCGUGACCGGAACAGAUGCAGAUCUGCGAAGGCUCUCCUUGAAAAAUGCAAAGCAGCUUCUACGCAAGUUUGGUGUUCCAGAGGAAGAAAUCAAGAAGUUGUCCCGCUGGGAGGUUAUUGAUGUUGUACGAACAAUGUCCACAGAGCAGGCCCGCUCAGGCGAGGGACCAAUGAGCAAAUUUGCCAGAGGCUCACGGUUCUCAGUGGCAGAACAUCAGGAGAGAUAUAAGGAAGAGUGUCAGAGGAUCUUCGAUUUGCAGAAUAAGGUUUUAGAAUCUGCAGAAGUUCUGUCCACGGAUACUGACAGCAGUUCAGCAGAAGACAGUGAUUUUGAAGAAAUGGGGAAGAACAUUGAGAACAUGUUACAGAACAAGAAAACAAGUUCUCAGCUCUCUCGGGAGAGGGAAGAACAAGAGAGGAAAGAGCUUCAAAGAAUGUUAAUGGGAGAAGAUAGCGGGAAUGAUAAGGAGAGAAAUAGAAAGGACAAGAAAGAAAGAAAGGGCAUAUCUACAGCAUCUGCCACAUCAGGGGGCUCUCACAAGGAUGAUGAUACUGCUUCUGUGACCAGUUUAAAUUCAGCUGCAAGUGGCCGUCGACUGAAAAUCUAUCGUACAUUUCGAGAUGAAGAUGGAAAGGAAUAUGUCCGCUGUGAGACUGUACGCAAACCAUCUGUUAUUGAUGCUUAUAGCCGAAUCCGUACUACCAAGGAUGACGAGUUUAUCCGGAAGUUUGCUCUUUUUGAUGAACAACACCGUGAGGAGAUGAGGAAAGAGAGACGAAGAAUCCAAGAACAGCUUCGUAGGCUGAAGCGAAAUCAGGAAAAGGACAAGCUAAGAGGUCCUCCUGAGAAAAAACCCAAGAAGAUGAAAGAACGUCCAGAUCUCAAGUUAAAGUGUGGAGCAUGUGGAGCAAUUGGACAUAUGAGAACAAACAAAUUCUGUCCGCUUUAUUACCAAACAAAUGCUCCGCCGUCCAACCCAGUGGCUAUGACUGAGGAGCAGGAAGAGGAACUAGAAAAGACUGUGAUACACAAUGACAACGAGGAGCUAAUCAAAGUUGAGGGAACGAAAAUUGUAUUAGGAAAGCAGCUAAUUGAGAGUGCUGAUGAAGUUCGUAGGAAAUCUUUGGUCCUGAAAUUCCCCAAACAGCAAUUGCCACAAAAGAAGAAACGGCGUGUUGGGAGUACAGUGCAUUGCGACUACCUAAAUCGUCCUCACAAAUCAAUUCACCGCAGAAGAACAGAUCCUAUGGUUACACUUUCAUCUGUCCUGGAGUCAAUAAUUAAUGACAUGAGAGAUAUGGCUAAUACCUAUCCGUUUCAUAGCCCUGUUAAUGCAAAAUUAGUAAAGGAUUAUUACAAGAUUGUAAUCAAUCCAAUGGACCUACAGACAUUGAGGGAGAAUGUACGUAAGCGAAUGUAUCCAUCCCGAGAGGAAUUCCGGGAGCAGGUGGAGCUGAUUGUGAAGAACAGCAUUCUUUAUAAUGGACCAAAGCAUUCACUUACCCAGAUCUCACAGAUGAUGUUGGAGUUGUGUGAUGAGAAACUGAAAGAGAAAGAGGACAAGUUGGCGCGACUGGAGAAAGCCAUUAACCCUCUGCUGGAUGAUGACGAUCAAGUUGCAUUCUCUUUCAUCUUAGACAAUAUUGUAACACAGAAAAUGAUGGCUGUGCCAGAUUCCUGGCCCUUCCACCACCCUGUAAAUAAAAAGUUUGUCCCAGAUUAUUACAAAGUCAUUAUGAAUCCUAUGGAUUUGGAGACCAUAAGGCAGAACAUAUCAAAACACAAGUACCAGAAUCGUGAAAGGUUCCUGUCUGAUGUGAAUCUAAUUCAUACAAACAGUGUAAAAUACAAUGGACCAGACAGUCAAUACAGUAAGACAGCACAGGAGAUUGUCAGCAUCUGUAUCCUGACUCUAGUUGAGUACGAUGAACACCUGACUCAGCUAGAAAAAGACAUUUCUACUGCCAAAGAGGCAGCUCUUGACGAAGCUGAUUUGGAAAGCCUGGAUCCUAUGACCCCUGGACCUUAUACCCCUCAGCCUCCUGACUAUUAUGACACAAACACAUCCCUUAGCAUUUCUCGAGAGGCCUCUUAUUACCAGGAUGAAAGCAAUUUAUCUGCUACUGAAGCAGCUACAGCUUCACUGGAGAAACGAAGUCUGAUGCGAUUAGGAAGGGGCCGCCUGGGAGAGGAUGAUUCAGAUAUUGAUAUAGAAGGUUAUGAGGAAGAGGAUGAUGGGAAGCCCAAAACUCCAGCUCCUGAAGUAGAUGAUCUGGAUAGAGACUUGGCUGAAGAAGAUGAUCCCUCAGUGCAACAGCCACAAGCCAGUGUCCUCUAUGAGGAUUUGUUGAUGUCUGAUGGUGAAGAUGAUGACGAUGGCAGUGAUGAGGAAGGAGAUAAUCCAUUUUCCUCCAUUCAUCUGAGUGAGAGUGGAAGUGACUCAGACAUUGAGUCUGGAGGAAUCCGGCCUAAACAGCCCCACAUGAUGCAAGAAAAUACCAGGAUGGGAAUGGAUAAUGAGGAAAGUAUGAUGUCUUAUGGCGAAGGACCAGACACAUCACAAGUUAUGGAGGACAGCAACUUAAGUUAUGAGAGCUAUGAGGGUCCGGAUCCUAAGUCUAAUACUAGAGAUACCAGCUUCAGCAGCAUGGGUUGCUAUGGGAUCUCAGAGGAGGAGGAAGACGAGGAAGAGGAGCGCCUUGGUCCCAGUGUACUUAACCAAGUACAGUUAUCUGAAGAUGAAGAGGAUAGUGAAGAAUUUCGAUCAAUUGGUGGCGACAGUGAUAUAGACUCUGACAACGAAUGAUGGACAUUAUCAGAGUUUAUGUUUUAACCUUUCCUCACGUGUAUUUGAUCUAUGAACUGGUGUGUUCUUUUUAUAUAAAUAUGAACCAGUGAGACAGAUCUGUUGUAUAAAUCUGUGUAUAUUUAAAUCUCAUUUGAGGGUUCGUUAAUUGUAAUAAAUACUACAGUAUGGUUCUAACAAAGGGGCCCCUUUGUUAGAACCUUACUGUAGUAUUUAUUAAAAUUAAUCAACGCUAUGUACAUUUGUAUAUAAUAAAACAUUUCCUGAUUAUCUUAAAA